GAAUCGACUCGGAACCGAGUCAUAGUCAUAGUCCUCACCUUCGCCGCCACCGUCAAACUCUCUCACUCUCUCUACCGCUACAAGCUCCGCCGCUCCAAAGCUCGCUCCGGAACGAUGUCGCUCGCUCCUCCGUCGGAAACCGACGCCGAAUCUCUCAGGCGCAGCCGUAUUCUCUCCAGCAAGCUCUACUUCGACGUCCCGAGCUCCAAGGUUCCGUUGAUUUACUCUUCGAGUUAUGAUAUCGCAUUUCUCGGCAUCGAGAAGCUGCACCCGUUCGAUUCUGCUAAAUGGGGCCGGAUAUGUAGAUUCCUAUCCAUGGAUGAUGUUGUGGAGAAGAAUUGCCUUGUGGAGCCAAAGCAAGCUUCAAAGGAAGAUCUUCUUGUGGUGCAUACUGAAGCAUACUUGAAGAGUUUGAAGAGUAGUUUAGAUGUUGCUAUGAUAAUUGAGGUACCUCCUGUUGCCCUAUUCCCAAACUGCCUUGUACAGCAGAAAGUUCUCGGGCCAUUUCGCAACCAGGUGGGGGGAACUAUCUUGGCUGCAAAGCUUGCAAAAGAGCGAGGAUGGGCCAUCAAUGUGGGAGGAGGGUUUCAUCAUUGUUGUGGGGCAAAAGGAGGUGGAUUCUGUGCUUAUGCCGAUAUUUCUCUUUGCAUACAUUUUGCCUUUGUGUGGUUAAACAUAUCAAGGGUCAUGAUUAUUGAUCUUGAUGCACAUCAAGGAAAUGGCCAUGAAACGGAUUUUGCAAAUGACAGUCGAGUCUAUAUCCUGGAUAUGUACAACCCUGGAAUAUAUCCAUUUGAUUAUGAGGCAAGGAGAUACAUUGAUCAGAGGGUUGAAGUACCGAGUGGCACUACAACAGCCGAGUACUUGAGGAAGUUAGAUGAAGCUCUUGAGGUUGCUGCUCAUAAUUUUGAACCUGAGUUGGUAGUAUACAAUGCUGGAACUGAUAUUCUCGAUGGAGAUCCUCUGGGCAGGUUGAAGAUCAGUCCUGAUGGGAUAACUCACAGGGAUGAGAAAGUCUUCAAGUUUGCUCGGGAGAGAAAUAUUCCCAUUGUCAUGCUCACAUCAGGUGGUUACAUGAAGUCAAGUGCAAGAGUUAUAGCAGACUCGAUAACCAACCUCUCAAAUAAAUCCUUGAUUGAUACGGGGAGAAACAGAACUUCUACAUGAAAUGACCCUCAGCAUCCUAUCCGUGGCUCCCUAGAGUCCAGGCCUUUCAAGAGAUGAACUUCAGGCUUCAUAUAUGCAGCAUCUUAAAUGGGCUACACUUGCAGCUUCUCAUUGUAAUCGAUGUUGUAUGAUAGUAGACACGUUAUUAACAAGGUUGUAAAGUAACUAUAUGGAGCAGGCCGAGAGAUGCAACAUUCUGCAGUCUCUGGGGAUUCUCUUUUUGAAAUGUACUAUUGGAGUGGUACUUCUCAAAGCUCAUCAAUGACGGUGAGUGUAGGUAUAGUUGGCUCGGGAUACAGGUAAUCCCCUUAAUGAAGUGAUUGAUGGGAAUGCUGCAAAUGAUCAAGCAUGAAGUUAUCUAUCAAGGUAGUGUAUGAGUAUGGGACUAUAUCUCAUAAAUAUGAGACUAAGACUACACCAACCAAAGUGGAUUGGGUACAAACUUGGAUGAGGCACAGAGAAUGUGAAGCAUCUCAGUCGAGAAUAUGGACAACAAUUGGAUUCGGCAGAAGCUAUGUUGAUUAUCAUUAUCCAGAUUUGUCGUAGUUAUGUGCUAGCGCAUUUGCUUGAAUUUUAGGGUUGGUUUUCAUGGUCAAAACUACCAAUGGUACCAAACUUCUUGAUCAUAAGAGAUCUCGCCUUCAGGUAAACAAGAGUGCUUUCCAUUGUCCUUUCUAAUGGGAGAGACCGAGAGACCUAUUCUUGUUCUCUGUUCGACAUAUCUGUU